ACACGCUAGAAAGCAGAGAAAAGAAAAAAUCGAAACUCGACAACGGCUUAUUGAGCCAUUGCAACGAACGGUUUCUGCCUCGGGUCUUGUGAAGUGUGUUUGUCAGUGAUAUUUAUUUCGAAUAAGUGCGAAUUUAAGUGUUUUUGCAUUUUGUGUGAUAAUGGCCACGGCGCUUCCGCCGUCUCCCGCGUGAAACAGUAGACUCUAGUGCAGUACCCGGGCCCGCCGCAGCACCCGACCACGAUGAAAAUGGUGUUGUCUCAACGGCAACGAGAGGAGCUGAACAAAGCGAUCGCCGACUACCUAGACAGCAAUGGCUACACGGACGCGCUGGAAGCGUUCAAGAAGGAGGCCGACAUGAGCGGCGAGAUGGAUCGCAAGUACGGCGGCCUGCUCGAGAAGAAGUGGACGUCCGUCAUCCGGCUGCAGAAGAAGGUGAUGGAACUGGAGUCGAAGCUGUCUGAGGCGCAGAAGGAAUUCAUCGAAGGCGCGCCGACUCGCGCCAAGCGCACCCCUGCCGAGUGGAUCCCGCGCCCACCGGAGAAGUUCUGUCUCACCGGUCACCGCGCCACCAUUACCAAGGUUAUAUUCCACCCUGUCUUCAGUUUGAUGGUCUCCUCGAGCGAGGACGCCACCAUCAAAGUGUGGGACUUCGAGAGCGGCGAGUACGAACGAACCCUGAAGGGGCACACCGACUCCGUUCAAGACAUCGCCUUCGACCACCAUGGCAAACUACUUGUGUCCUGCAGCGCCGACAUGUCGAUCAAACUGUGGGAGUUCAACCAGACGUUCGAGUGCGUGAAGACCAUGCACGGACACGAUCACAACGUGUCGUCCGUCGCGUUCUCGCCCAGCGGCGACAUCGUGUACUCGGCCAGUCGCGACAAGACCAUCAAGGCUUGGGAGGUCGCCACUGGAUACUGCAUCAAGACGUACAAGGGUCACCGCGAGUGGGUGCGCAUGGUGCGCGUGUCGCCCGACGGUUCGCUGCUCGCCUCCUGCUCCAACGACCAGACCGUACGCAUCUGGAACGCGGAGACCAACGAGUGCAAGAUGGAGCUCCGCGAGCACGAGCACGUGGUGGAGUGCAUCGCUUGGGCGCCGGCGGCGGCCGCGCCCGCCAUCAACGAGGCGGCGGGCGCCGACAACCGCCGCGCCUCGCACACCGGGCCCUUCCUCGCCUCCGGCUCCAGGGACAAGUCCGUCAAGAUCUGGGACGUGUCGACGGGGCAGUGCCUGGCGACGCUGGUGGGGCACGACAACUGGGUGCGCGGCGCGGCGUGGCACCCGGGCGGCCGCUACCUGCUCACGGCCAGCGACGACAAGACGCUCCGCGUGUGGGACGUGCCGCACACGCGCUGCCUCAAGACGCUCUACGCGCACCAGCACUUCGCCACCAGCCUCGAUUUCCACAGGAGCUUGCCAUACGUGAUAUCGGGCAGCGUCGAUCAAACCGUCAAAGUCUGGGAGUGUCGCUAGGAGCGUUGCCAUUUUAGUAACUUUAACUCACCGAUGAUAUCUUUAUCAUUAUUUUUUCACAUUAUUAUAGCCGCAAUGAGAGCAAUGUGUAUUGCGAUUUUAAUGGUUAAAUCAUUUUAGAAUGGAGAAAUAGUUUUGAUAAUUUAUUGAUAAUGUUUCUUCCUUCUGCUCAUUGUGGACCGUUCUCGAACGUUGACGAUGCUAUGUCGCCUCUUACACUCUUUAUCAGAUGCUCUUUACUGUAAACUUUGGAUUCUCACAUUCCAUUAAAUUGUAAUGGCUCAUAGUAGAUGUAAGUGAAUUCGGUAUCUCCCAAGUGAUAAGCAGAAAUCCGUGUACAAUCAGUUGCAAAAAUAGCUACGUUAUUAACUAUUUAUUGAUACUCAAUAUGAUAGGAGUAAAUAUUUGUAGCGAACUGUCGGAUAUAUCUUACCAUGCAGAACAAACAAACUCAAUACAUGAACACUAUAUUCCUAUUUGAAAUUUUAUUUAAUAUAAACUAAGUACUCCGUUUUUUCUAACAUUAGAAAUUCUAACCUAAAAAGUAGUGGUCAUAAACUUUUUCUUCCGAAAUGUUCCUAUGAUAUCUUAUAUUGCGGUACAAUAAUAUGUAAACGACACUAUAAUUCAGUGCAUAGUUACUUAGAUUUCAUCUUGGAGGAAAACACUUACCACUGCUUUUGAGGUUAUAAAAUCUCUAAUCAGAAAAUAAAACGGUCUAUAUAUUCCUAUUGAAAUUUAAAAUGUUAGUUGUUUACUAAUGUAUGUAUUUAUGCAAUAGAUUGUACUUAACAUAUCGAUGUAGCAUUUGUCAUGCGGCCGACGGGAACGACGGAGUGAGGAGUAAAAGCUGUGUUAUAAUUUAACAUUUCAUUAUUCUACGUUUUAUUUUAUAGUUAUGGUUUAUUCAUAAGAUUUGUUUAGAUAUAAAUUUUAUUUGGUAUUAAUAGUUAAUUUCUUACGUGUCCACUCUAGAGAAAAAUAUUUGUACCUCGAUUUGUUUUAUGGUAAUUUAGUUUACAAAAUUUUUGAUAUUGUUGAUUAUUCAUGACAAUCGUCCUGGAUGGUUGGUUGCAUGCGAGCCCAGGCCGCCCGUCGCCAUCUUGGUGAACUCCGACCAUCCUCCCCGAGGCAGCCACUUAGCCACCCCGGGGAGGAUGGUCGGAGUGACCCGCCUUUGUACAUACGCUUCUUGUCAGUCUCUGCUCGAUCCACUCUCAUUGUGUUUGUUCGCUGCCAGUGCCAACAGCAUUAAUGGAAGUCUCCAGGGACUUAAAACUUAAUUCAUACAUUAGAUACGUGUUCGGUUGGGUGUUGUGGGCGCUUUUUAUUUGCAGUUUCGUAGGGACUUAUUUUAAGUUUUGGCGAUUCAAAACUUUAACUAUAAGUUAGAGUGUUAUAUUUUAAAGUUUUAAUUAUUUAUUAUUAACGAUUAAAUCUUCAGUGUAUGCUGUCUUGAAAGGUUUUUUACGCAGAAUUGCUAGAUGACAACUUAGUUCAAAACUAUGCAAUCGCUUACAUCGACGCGUUACUAUUAGAUCAUCCAUAAUUAAUCAUUUUCGUCUUCGACGUUUAAAGUGUGUGAUAUGCAUUAGUAAUUCGUGUUAUCAUUUCAGUCUGAUUGAGGUAGCUAGAUGCAAAGAUAAUAUUUAAUGAUUUCAAUUGAGUUUGAUACAAUAGUUAUUAUUUAUUGCUAUUUUGAGGAUUUCAAUGGGUUUGAAUGCCCAAUAUUUUUACUAGGGAUUUGUAGUAGUUGUAGGUGAGUAUAGUCAUACUUUUAGACGCUUUACCGUGUUGACGCCUAUCGGAGCCCUUGUACAUUGCCUGGCUCAGAUAUAUAACGUUUGAAAUUAUAUGAGAUGAACUUCUAACAAAACAAUCCACACAACUUAUUAUCAACCUUAUUAUCAAUGCAACAAUUUUUAAAUCAUGUUCAUCUCAAUAACUUCAAAUAGAACCGGUCAUGCGAUACUAGACUAUCUAAAAGCGACGUAUAUCAUCCCUGUCGCGAUUAGUUGUACAACUUGCCAGUGGCUUGAGCAACAUACAUUUGUUCUAAAGAACUGAGACGUUUGUACCGUACAGCUUUACUUUCAGUUUUUCGAAACGAAUGGUGUGUCGCCAGCAGUACAGUUUCUCCCAUAAAUGUGCUUGAAAGCCUAGUGUCCACAUCAGUAACACUGUACUGGGUCACCGGCUAAAUACCUAUUAAACAUUGAGAUUAUAUUAAGCAUGCGAGGGUGUACAGCGCCUGUAGUUAAGCUAUAAUGGUACGUAUAUAUCACAGCCAUUCGCUUAAUCAAUGUGACAUCGUUAAUACAUGGUGAUAGCAUCUUAAUUGAUUUGAAGCUUGCAAACUACAUUUAUGUACAAUUUAUCAAGUAAAUUAUCUGCACUCACAUGAAUAUAAUUAUUAUAAAUGCUUACCGUAAGAAUAAUAUGUAUACCAAUUAUCACCAUACAAAAUUCUCCGAUACCUAAAGAGACUACUGACGUAGGUAUGCAGACUACUAUUAAUUACCAUAUAUGAGAAUUUUGUAUUUACUCAGUAAUCCUGUAUUUUGUCUAAAUUUAUAAAUAGAAAAUAAUUACCAAAAUUGUAAUAGAAUUUGGUUUAAAUAUUGUGUAAAUAAAACAAUUAAAUUAUA